AGUUCUCUCAAACACUUGAAACCCACAAAAAGAGAGAGAGAGAGAACAAAAAUGGGCAUAGAGCUACAGAGCCAUCAGACCAAAGCGGCCACGGGGGAGGACCCAAGCCACAGCGGCGGCGGUCAGCUGUUGAUGGAUUCUCCGGAGCCACCGACACUAUGGCAAGAACUUGUUAGGUUCAUAAGAACAAGUGUGUUCUCCAAGAAGAGUUCAAAGAAGGACAAGAACUCAAACCCGGUUUUGUUUUGUCUGAAAUCGAUUUUCCCCAUACUUACCUGGGGAAGACACUACAAACUCAACAUGUUCAAGAAGGACGUAAUGGCCGGUCUUACUCUUGCCAGCCUCAGCAUUCCCCAGAGUAUUGGGUACGCAAAUCUUGCCAAACUAGAUCCAGAGUAUGGUCUAUAUACAAGUGUGGUUCCACCUCUAAUAUACGCAACAAUGGGAAGUUCAAGAGAGAUAGCCAUUGGACCGGUGGCCGUGGUUUCGUUGCUGCUUUCGUCAAUGAUUCAAAACCUUCAAGAUCCGGUGGCUGACCCACUCGCUUACCGGAACCUCGUUUUCACGGUCACCCUUUUCGCCGGAACGUUUCAAGCCAUCUUCGGAUUGUUCAGAUUAGGGUUUUUGGUGGAUUUUCUGUCACAUGCUGCACUUGUCGGGUUCAUGGCCGGUGCUGCCAUUGUGAUCGGCUUACAACAGCUAAAGGGUCUGCUCGGUUUGUCACAUUUUACCGAUAAAACCGACAUUGUUUCGGUUUUGGGUUCGGUUUUUCACUCGCUCCACCAUCCGUGGCACCCUCUGAAUUUUGUCAUCGGCUGCUCAUUCCUGAUAUUCAUCCUACUUGCUAGAUUUAUCGGGAAAAGGAAGAAAAAGUUGUUCUGGAUACCAGCGAUAGCACCGUUAAUAUCAGUGAUAUUAGCAACAUUGAUUGUAUUUCUAACAAAAGCAGAUAAACGUGGGGUUAAAAUUGUUAAACACAUUAAACGAGGGAUUAACCGGUCUUCCGUUAGCCAAUUACACUUAACCGGUCCAAAUCUUGGUCAUUUGGUGAAAAUAGGUCUCAUCUCAGCAGUCAUCGCCCUCACGGAAGCAAUUGCGGUUGGGAGGUCGUUCGCUUCAAUCAAAGGGUACCAUCUUGAUGGGAACAAAGAGAUGAUGGCUAUGGGAUUCAUGAACAUUGCCGGUUCUUUAACUUCUUGCUAUGUUGCGACCGGAUCAUUCUCGAGGACGGCAGUGAACUUCAGCGCGGGGUGCGAGACAACGAUGUCGAACAUAGUGAUGGCGAUAACGGUGAUAGCGGCGUUGGAGUUGAUGACGAGGUUAUUGUAUUACACUCCGACCGCAAUCCUCGCCUCAAUCAUCCUAUCGGCUCUUCCGGGCCUCGUGGACGUCUCCGGAGCUCACCACAUUUGGAAACUCGACAAGCUCGACUUCCUUGUCUGUCUCAGCGCUUUCCUCGGCGUCCUCUUCGCCUCCGUCGAGAUUGGCCUUCUCGUCGCCGUAAUAAUAUCGUUUGCGAAAAUACUGCUGAGCUCUAUAAGACCCGGGGUUGAAGCAUUAGGGAGGUUGCCAAGAACAGAUGUGUUCUGUAACAUAAACCAGUAUCCAAUGGCUUCCAAGACUCCUGGAAUCUUCACUGUUCGCGUUAGCUCUCCUAUGCUUUGCUUUGCCAAUGCCAAUUUCAUUAGGGACAGGAUAUUGAAUGCAAUUGGAGAUGAAGACGAACAUGAAGGAGAUACCAAAAAGGAAAGCGUUCGAGUAGUCGUUCUCGAUAUGUCUUGGGUGAUGAGCGUUGACACGUCAGGACUGAUUGCAAUUGAACAAAUACAGAAAGGGCUCAUUUCCAAAAGUAUACAGUUAGUGAUAGCAAAUCCGAGAUGGAGAGUGCUUCACAAACUGAAGCAGACAAAAUUCGAAGAGAGAACGCAGAAACAAAGCAUUUUCUUUACCGUAGGAGAAGCCGUUGACUCCUACGUUCGGCCCACAUCUACGUCUCACGAUAUCUGUUAAACACUUGUACAAGUACUUAUAUAUAUAUAAUAUAUACACACAUAUAUAUACAUAUAUAUGUAUAUAUAUAUGCAGGGUCAUGUCUCUGGAUGAUGUAUAAUAGAUCAACCUUUAGUUGAUGUGCAUCGGCGAAUCUGUAUCGGAGUAUAUACGUGCUUCAAAUAAAUGAUUGAUUUGCGAACGUUGAUUUA